UUUCGCUAGUCACUCUAAAUCGCUUCGAUUCACUCGUAGAUUGUCUGUGAAAUUAACCGCAAGGCAUAGAAAAUGCUCGGAAUCGAAAACUUCCCCGAAUACGAAGUGCCUGGAGCGCGCAAGGUUCAGUUUUAUCCUUACGAAUCUAAUGGAGGGAGCGUCGUCGCAAUUGCCGGAGAUGACUUUGCCGUUAUUGGUGCGGACACUCGGUUGAGUUCGGGCUAUUCGAUCCACACCCGUACCCAGAACAAACUGUUCCGUUUGUCGGACAAAACGGUGCUAGCUUCCACCGGUUGCUGGUGCGAUACCCUCGCGCUGACCAGUCUGGUCAAGGUGCGCAUGCAGAUGUACAAGGACCAGCACCAGAAGAGCAUGUCGACUCCGGCCGUCGCGCAGAUGCUGUCCAUUCUGAUGUACAACCGGCGCUUCUUCCCGUACUACGUGUCGAACGUGCUGGCCGGCUUGGACCAGAGCGGAAAGGGUGUCGUUUACAGCUACGACCCCAUUGGUCACUGUGAGAUGACAACCUACCGUGCGGGAGGUUCCGCCGGACCGCUACUGCAGCCGGUGCUGGACAAUCAAAUUGGCAUGAAGAAUAUGAUCAAUGUAAACCCGGAACCGGUAUCAAUGGAAAAGGCCGUUUCGAUUAUCAAGGAUACGUUCAUUUCCGCAACGGAGCGUGAUAUCUACACGGGAGAUUCCGUCAUCAUCAACAUUAUCACCAAGGAUGGCAUCAAGGAGGAGACACUACAACUUCGAAAGGAUUAAACUCCACGGGUUUAUCGCUGUAUUUCUCACUGGUUUGGAGUAAUAAAUUUAAAAGGAUAUAUAUUUGAA